UCCAUUCCCCCCAAAUUUUCUCAGAUUUAACCCUCCAAAAAUAAAACUAAAAUAAAAAUAAUCAUAAGAUCAAAUAAUAAUUAUGUCUCGUUUAAUCCAUUCAAGAUUAUUCCCUUCCAGAUUUUUACUGAAUAAUGCUACAUUGGGCGGCUCGGUUGGGAAAGGAAGGUAUUUGUCAACAGAGUCGAAUAAGAUUGUUGAACCGCUUAAAGUCGAGGAAGCUGAAACAGUCAACACUGCACCUCCUCUUACAGAGAAGUUACUUGUGCUGGGUGGAAAUGGGUUUGUUGGCUCGCACAUAUGCAAAGAAGCAUUGGAUCGUGGUUUGUCGGUUGCAAGUCUUAGCAGAUCUGGCAAGUCAUCAAUCCAAGACUCAUGGGCUAACAAAGUGAGUUGGCAUCAAGGGGACUUGCUGUCUGGUGAUUCAUGGAAGGAAGCACUUAAUGGUGUCACUUCUGUUAUUUCUUGUGUUGGUGGUUUUGGUUCCAAUUCCCAAAUGUUCAAGAUCAAUGGUACUGCAAACAUCAAUGCCGUUGAAGCUGCUGCCGAAAAAGGGAUUAAAAGAUUUGUCUACAUAUCUGCUUCUGACUUUGGUGUUGUUAAUUACUUGCUACAGGGAUAUUAUGAGGGAAAGAGGGCUACUGAAUCAGCGCUGCUGACAAAGUUUCCAUAUGGACACGUGAUUUUGAGGCCUGGUUUCAUUUAUGGAACUCGUCGAGUUGGCAGCAUGAAAUUACCUCUUGGUGUUAUCGGUUCUCCAUUAGAGAUGGUUAUGCAAUAUGCAAAACCAUUGAAUCAGGUCCCUAUCAUUGGUCCAUUGUUGACUCCUCCAGUUGAUGUUAAAGCUGUUGCUAAAGUUGCCGUCAGGGGUGCUAUUGAUCCAGUUUUUCCUCCUGGCAUAGUUGAUGUAUAUGGAUUAAGGCGUUACAGCCAGCAGAAGGCCUUUUAAGGCAUGUCGCAUGAAAUAGAAUUAUAUAUAGUGAGAGGAGACUUGAGCACAUGGAAAUUAAUUUACCAAGGAUCUGUUUAGACGUUGAGUCAUUGAUAGAGAAAUCAGUAUUGCUUUUACGGGUGGCACUAAUUUUUGUGUUACUUGAUGGAGGUUUCUUUAGGUGAAUAAAAGAGACGGGCAUCAGUUUGGUGUAGUGCCGGUCUCUCGGGUAUAAAAAAACUUAGUUGCUUGGAGUUACAUGAUAAGUUUUCUUUUCUGCUUUCAGCUUAUUAAAUGUGGGAUUUCUGGUGUUCUAAUAUGUUUAUAUAUAUUGAAGGAGAAACUUUCAGCGGCUCA